GCAUUUGGGUCACUUUGACAUCACUUGACUGAAUUCUAUGUGGACCCCAUUCCAAGAAUUUAGGAAUAGCUUGACAUCAGUCAAGCUUUUAACUUUCCUGUUUUAGCACAAGGUUUGGACGAUUGUGGACUACCAUUUAUUUCACUGGUCUACGCGGGGAUAAGUACAAGCUGUGGAUAGUUAGCUGUGGCCUGUGUGUGAGAAUUUAUUUCGUAUUAAAUUGACCUAUUUUCUUUAAUGCAAGUAUAGUUAGUUCGCACAACUUUGAAUAUCUCCUUUAUUCUUAUAAACUGGUAACAAGGUGCGCUGUAGGAUUCUGAGGUUUUACUUUUUACUCAAAUUCACGUCUAUAUUAUAAAAAUUUUCAAGUGAUGUCAGUCCAUUUUUAUAUACAAAUUGAUUUUCAAAAGUACUGAAUAAUCUGGCCAGCCAUGUCACACACAUAGCAAGCUGGCCUUGUUCAUGUUAUUUAGCAUGAAUCACUUAUUUAGGUUCAACAUUUAAGGCUCCUCAUCGUUGCUACAUAUUACGUCUAGUACAUGGCGAAUGUAUACGUACUUGGAUCUAUUGCGUCAUUAACCUAUGACAGUCAUUAUCUAACGGAAAUGUUGAGGAUGUUAGCUGUUAGGAGCUGGAAAAAGGGUGGCUUCUUGAACUCACACUUCAAAUUUGCAGAUAUUGAUUUGUAUAUGACUAUUAGACACAGAUAUAUAGUGGGGUGUCAGUAAAUUAGUCAUAGACACAUCCUAUUGGUUCUUUAAUCUAAAGUGAGGUUUGAUCAAUCUUGGAUUAUAAUGGAUAGUACAACAGCAUCAGCACAAGGUCCAACACCACCAGGUGAGGAGCUGCUAAGGAAGAUUCAAGAACUGGAGGAAGGACAUGCUGAAUUGAAGAAGGUUAUGUUUAAGCUCACGAUUUCUGAUGAUCACAGAGCACAGAGACAAAGGUCCCAUUCUAUCUCCCAAAAAAAACCGCCUCGUAUUGGCGGAGGCCCUGCUGCAGUGAAGUUUACUGAUAGACACUAUUUGAAUAUAUUGCAGUCAAUGGGACAAGCAGUGCAUGUAUUUGAUGUGAACUAUCGUAUAAUUUACUGGAAUCGAACUGCUGAACAACUAUAUGGUCAUUCUGCUGAAGAAGCUCUUGGACAAGAUCCCAUUGCACUCUUAGCAGCAGAUGCUCGGGAUUUUGGUGAUGCUAAUAACAUUGUCCACCAAGUGAAAAGGGGUGAGAGUUGGACUGGACUGUUUCCAGUUAAGAAUAAGCAAGGGGAUAAAUUCGUAGUUGUCGUUUCCACUACCCCUUUUUAUGAUGAUGAUGAUAAUUUCGUUGGUGUUAUUUCUGUAACAAGUGAUGUGAGACAUUUUCAAGAAACAGCACUUGCAUCGAUGGGAGUGAAGCAGCUGGAAGUUGAUGCAAGAUUUAGAGCCAGAAACCUAGCCUCUUCCAAACUUGGAGUGGAUCCCCAGCAGCCCCUGCAAGUUGCCAUUGGCUCCAAAAUAUCUAAUUUGGCCUCAAAGGUGAGCAACAAGGUUAAGUCAAAAAUCAAGACAGGAGAGAGCAGCGUGCUUUGCGAAGAUCACAGGGAGGAUGCAAAUUCAAUUAGAGCGAGUAUGCCUAGGGGAGAUGUUCACCCUUCUCCCUUUAGUUUAUUCUCUAACUUUGCAAAAGAGGAGCAUUCCAAAGGGAAACUCUCAAUAGAUUCUGGGGAUGAGAGUGAGGGAAAACAAGGGAUUUCUAAGAUUAUCACCUCGAAGGCAGAGGAGUGGAUGGCGAAGAAUAGCUUACCAUGGCCAUGGAAAGGCAACGAGCGAGAUGCUUCGGAGACAAGGACUACACGAUUUUUACGGCCGUGGCUAAACAAUGACCAAGACAAUGAGCUUAAUCAAAGUAACUCUUAUAAUACAUUAAAACCAGACAAUCAGCUUAUUGAUACUAACUGUUCAACCACCAAUGAAGCUUCGGGAUCCUGGUCUUCUUCAUUUAAUGUCAACAGCACAAGCAGUGCUAGUAGCAGCGGAAGCACGAGCAGUAGUACUAAUAAUAAGGUGGACACGGAUACUGAUUCCCUGGAUUACGAAAUCUCGUGGGAGGACUUAACAGUUGGAGAAAAAAUUGGAGAAGGUGCUUGUGGAACUGUUUAUCAUGGGAUGUGGUAUGGAUCAGACGUCGCUGUUAAAUUAUUCUCCAAGCAAGAAUAUUCUGAUGAAGUGACAUAUUCCUUCAAACAGGAGGUGUCCCUUAUGAAACGACUUCGACAUCCAAAUAUUCUUCUUUUCAUGGGUGCAAUAACUUCACCUCAACGCCUCUGCAUUGUUACAGAGUUCUUGCCACGGGGAAGUUUGUUCAUGCUAUUACGGAAGAAUUCAUUCAAAUUGGAAUGGAGAAGAAGAAGCCGCAUGGCUUUAGACAUAGCUCGUGGCAUGAAUUAUCUUCAUCAUUUUAACCCACCUAUAGUUCAUCGUGACUUAAAGUCAUCAAAUCUUCUUGUGGACAAGAACUGGACCGUUAAGGUUGGGGACUUUGGUCUGUCACGUCUUAAAUAUGAAACGUAUCUAGCAUCAAAUACGGGUAAAGGAACGCCUCAAUGGAUGGCUCCAGAAGUUCUUCGCAGUGAACCUUCAAAUGAGAAGUCUGAUAUAUACAGUUUCGGAGUGAUAUUAUGGGAACUCGCCACUGAAAAGAUCCCUUGGGAUAACCUCAACUCAAUGCAGGUGAUUGGAGCUGUAGGAUUCAUGAAUCAGCGGCUCGAUAUCCCAAAGGAUGUUCAUCCACAAUGGGCUUCUAUUAUUGAGAGCUGUUGGCAUAGUGAGCCAAAGUGUCGCCCGUCUUUCCAAGAAUUGGUGGAGCAACUUAAAGAUCUGCAGAGGCAGUAUGUUAUUCAGGCCCAGACAGCAAGUAGCACUGCACGAGAUAGCAUCUAUAAGGAACAGUAAAUACAGAUAGCGGGCUUGUGCUUGAGUUUCAUUGGCAGAUUGCUAGCAGAUCCAUUGUGCUAACUCUUCAAGGUUUUAUGGCUGUCACAUGAAUUAUUGAGCCGAGGGUCUUUCGGAAACAGCCGUCCUACCUUGGUAGGAGUCAGGUCUGCGUACACUCUACCCUCCCCAGACCCCACGGUGUGGGAUUUCACUGGGUUGUUGUUGUUGUUGUAUUUGUGAUGUCUUUCUGUCUUUUCUCACAGCUAUUAACUAUUGCUAAAACAUAACCUUAACUGAUUCAAACAUAGGAAUACCUUCACUUUUUUUCCUCAACUCAUUUACUCUUGCUGGAAUUACGAAAUAACAAAACAACUUUUUGCUCUUUCAGGAGUAGUAACUUUUUCUCUUACAUAUACGGUGGUUUGUCGAAUGAAUUAUACUACACCACUGCCAAUGUUACUGAUGGAGUUUAUGAAGGUCGGGCAUUCAAAAUCCUGAAUUUAUGUUCUAGAACACUUUUAUACUCAUAUUAAACAUGAGUGAAAAUUUGGUAUGUGUAGGAAUGGCAACUGUCGAUGAUAUCUUUCGUGGCUCUACACUUUCUGAUCAUGUUUUGCGCUUCAAAAAUAUCCCACAGGUAAUUGAUUAGCAGUGAAAUCACUGCAAGGUCUCCUUGUAAUAGGGCUGGCACUAAGUUGAUCCUCAGACAUGUUGCAAACGAGAUCUAAGCUUUGUAUUGAUCAAUAAAAGGAACUUACAAGCAGAUUGUUCAUCAACUUUAGUAAACAAAGAGCAAAAGGAAAAUAGAAAAGGGAGAUUCCAGGCUGCUAUUACAAAUAGCUAACAAAAUAAAAUAACACAAGUCUUACAAUAAGCCCUAGUAAAUUAUUUCCCUCUUCUGUAAAGGCAUCUUCUCAGGGUCCCAAAUGUAAUUUGACAAAUUCUUACAUGGGUCCUCCACCAUGGCUAGAUUUAUAACAUGAGAUAUCCUAAUUGUUGUCUGUUGUCAUAA